AUGCCACUGGCUGAGCGCCUCACAAGGCUCAAGCGCCAACGGGGCGAGCUCAAAGGAUUGGAGCUCGACGUGCAUACGGAGCCGGGACAUGCGCUGGUGGAUCGAGUGCAAGCGAUGCUCGACAGCGCUCAGGUGCUUCACAUUGCCCCGGACAAGUGCAUCUCCAGGCAUGACGAGAUCCUGGGUGACAAAUCGGAACAGAAGCUGUCUUUGGAGGCCGAUGGCAAUAUCAAGAUCACGAAGCAGGCUUCCAUGCUCCGCUGUGAGACCACAGGUGAGCUGAAGCUCCGGCGCUGCUUCCUCAGGCGGGCGCUAGCCUUCGAUCAGGUGGGGCUUGCAAGCUUCACCGCUUUGGAGUCGUGGCACAAUAAGAUGUUUCAAGCAUUGCUAGAUGCGCCGCCGGCAGGGUAUCGCUAUACCACGGUGCAGCAAAUUUUGGCUGCCGACCAAAAGCUAUGGCAAGUAGUGGCCCAGGAAAGCCGGGGUGACAUUUCCAUAAGUGUCGGUCUUCCAGCUCCGCUUGAUAAACACAUCGUCGCAGCUUCGAACAAUCAGUUUGUGAUGUCGUGCUUAACUCACCUCCCCAAGCCGCCUGAGGCCCUAGUGCAAACCUGGCGGCCGCACAAGGGGGGCAAAGGUGACAAGGGUGAGAACGGCAAAGGUGGUAAAGGUGGCAAAGGUAAAAACAAGGGCGGCAAAAACAAUCAGUCAAAUGCUGAGUCGAGCCCCAACACAUCGCUGAAAGAGCUGCUCGACAGCCUCCCGGAAGGUUGUGUGCGUGCAACAGAGGAAGGUCGUUUCAUAUGCCCAUUCUUCAACAAGGGCAUCUGCCGCUUUCAGAAGCGCAAAUCUUGCAGCCCCGCGGCUGCCAAUGACAGUUCUCCAAACUUGAAUUCAGGAGUGGAUUGUGGCCCUGAAGCCGUCGCGAAGCGCCUUGUGCAGCAGAGUCGUCCCAUCACGGCUGCCCAACUGGUAGACUUGUUUGAUGCUUUGCCGCGUGAUGAGUGUGAUCGCGACGCUGCGGGUGUCUCUUUUUCGGCAGGGCUCUACGCCAGAGUCAAGGUAGGUCUUCGCAAGGCCUGCAAGCUUUUUCCAUGGACGGUGCAGGCAGUGAACAGGUUUGUGGCCUCUUUGCUCCGCCAGGCCGUCUACACGAGUUUUGCUUUAUUCUCUGAGGUGCAGACCCGAGAACAUCGGGACACGCAGAAUUCUUUCUUGCCAAAUUAUGUCAUUCCAUUAACAAGCUUUGAAGGGGGUGAAAUCACCGUCCAUGAGUCCGAGCCGCCAGUGCAACUUCAUGUUUCGAAGGGACCCGUGCAAUUUUGUGCCAGACAUUACCGACAUUCGACGGCCCCGUUUCAAGGGCGCCGCAUGGUCCUCGUGCUCUUUGCUUUGCAAGCUGCUACAAAGGCCACUUCAGAUGAUCAGGCUUGCCUUCGCCGGUUGGGGUUCCCUUUGCCGUCAGUCAAGCAGUUGAAUUCGACGACCGUAUGCCCCUCAGUUUCGGUCCCUUUGGAUAUAUCCCAGCGUGCUCUUCUUUCCCUGAUUCCACCGUCGGCUUCGGAGGGCUGCAACUCCCUGGAUGCACCGGGCCCCUCACAAGCCAAGCCACCCGUGGUGGCCGAAUGCCUCACUUCAGCCGGGCCGAUUUCUGCUGCGGCUAUGCUCCUGGGAUGGGAUGCUGCGCCUGUCGGCCCCAAGUGUCUCGCUGCCGCUAAAACCCCAGUCAUAAGUCUGGAUGUGUCUGACAGUUCUCAAUUGCAGGACUUGCUCAAUUUCGACAGUACUGUCAUUGUGGAUUGGUGGCAUUUUCCACUUUUUCUUAAGUCAUGCAGCCGUGCACGCGGCACUGCCCCCGCCUGUCGUGACGCUGACAACAUCUUUGGCUGCCCAUCCCUGUCCGAUUCUGCAGCAGCCCAGGUCCUUCAUGAUAACCAGCUGUGCCAGGCUGCGACAUCCAUCCUUUUCCGAGCUUUUGAGUCCAAGGCCCUGGUUUCUCUAGUUGGGCCAGCCCGCAGCUGGUGUUGGAGUGUGCUGGCCAAGUGCGUCAAAACUCGAGGGCCCUCGGCUUUCGUCGAUUGGUACUUCAACCUCGCUGACCAAGAGUUGGACACUUGCAUGUACGGCUCGCCCUUCGUGACUUCCUUGCUUGUCAAGGCGAGCUCUCAUGCAUUCCAUGGCUUAAGCUUGUCCUGUGAUAAAAGCCACUCACAUCGCGCUUGGACGCCUCCGCAUCCGACGGUGAAUCAUUUCUGUGACAUGUCUUUGCCCAGCCAGCUUUGCGAGGUUCGCUCGGCUGCCGCCAACCAACCUCACUACCUGCCGUCCUUAAUCCCCGAGUUUAAGCUUAAGCUGCCCCUCGCCCAGGUCCCAGCCACUGCCGACUUCAAGUUGUUGUCGCGUACUCCAGGCUCUGGCCCGGGGGAUUUCGGUGAGCCGGAGUCCGCAACCAAACGGUUUAAGGCUAAGGGUGGUGCUAGCCGGGGUUCUUUUGACAAGGAUGCUGUUUCCCUUGACAUGGCCGGUAUCUACCACACGAUGGAAGAACACUUGGAGCUUGCUUGUGCGCUUUCUUGUCCGCUGACACCAGUGAGCGGCGGAGUUCUCGCCGUGGAGAACAAGCCCGGCCGUCUCGAGAAGAUUUCGCAGAUGCUCCGGACCAUUGCCUCAGGGAAAGAUGUCUCCAGGUCAGAUGUCGCCUCCUUGCAUGGCCUGAUCAACUUUGCAGGACCCUUCCUUGGCAACACGUCUGAGCUGAAGCAGGCUUGUGCUCUUGCUCUGGACGUCAUCGCGCAGUGCCGUCCGAAGAGGUGCCCAGCAUCGAUCUCCCCGCCGAUCGUCUUGUAUACCGAUGGGGCCUACGAGAAAGGAAUCGGGACUUGGGGAGCGGUCUUGAUAGAUCAGCCCUCAGGUGCCAGGUGGGCCUUUGGGGGCACUGUUGACUCCUCCCUUGUGGCGCAUUGGAAGCGUGAGGCUGGCGAGCAAGUGAUAUGCCAGGUGGAGGCCUUUGCUUUAGCGAUAGUUCUUUACGGGAUUCGAGGCUCAGUGAAAGGGAGAUCGAUCCUUGCUUUCAUCGAUAACGAUCCUUGCCGCUACGGAUUUAUCAAGCGAUAUUCACCCUCUACAAGUCUUCUGCGAGUGAUUUCGCUUGUCGCUCUCCUGGAGGGAUCUUUGGAGGCCCUUCUCUGGUUUGAGAGGGUCCCCUCGAAGAGCAACCCGGCCGACCUGCCAUCCAAGCCUCCGGCUCAAACCU